GGCUUCAUGCGCUCUACGUCAGCGUAAUGUGCGCUCUUGCAGAGUCACUGCUAGUGGAUCGAGUGUAAACAAGAGCUUGACAGAAGAAAAGUCUAGAAGUGCUCAUUUCACUAUUGUUUACCAUUUAGUUUUCACAGUUAUAAGAAAUAUAUAAAGCUGUGGGGCUUUAUGAUUAAGGUGGAGCUACCGUAGAGGAACUUCGACUAAAUACAGUGGGUCAGGACGAGACAAAAAAAGCGAUCUAGAGGCGAGUGGCUGGAAAGUCCCUGUAUGCCCAGGCCUGCUGGGUCCGGACCGCGGGCAGGAGCCCCUGAAGCAGUGGUUGUUCCCGGUGAGUUUUUCCCACCAUGGAGUCUGGAGUAAAGGACCGCGAGGAAGACACUCUGCAGACGGCUUUCAAGAAACUCCGGGUUGAUGCUGAAAGCUCCAUAAAUGCGGUGCAUGUUUGUGAGGCCGUGACUCAGAGGACAGCAACUCGGGCAAAUUGUGAUGGCGCCAAGGCUAAAGUGGCUAGUCCCAAGGAGAACUGGCACGGAUGCAUGCGGAAACCAUCUAGAGGUGGAGUUAGGAGCCAGAGACGGAGGCGUUCCAAGUCUCCCAUCCUGCAUCCUCCGAAAUUCACGUACUGCAGCUCCAAGAUGUCGCCGCCGCCUGGCCACCUGAAGCACAAGAGCUUGUCGGAAUGCGAGGACAGUACAGCCGUCCUCGGCGUCCCUGCCAAGAAGGAGCUGCGGUCUUUGGGACAGUCCUCUCCGGUGUUCGGGGCAGCCGGGUAUGAGCCAUAUGCCCACAGCGCUCAGGGAUCGGCCUCGAAGAUCAGCCUGAAACAGCGUGAUCCUGAGGCCGGGACGAGCAUCCCGGGCAUGAGUCUGGGAGCCGCAGUCCCGUUGGAGAAGGCGAUGAGCAGCGCCGCCUCGUCCGACUUCCAGUCCCUGUCCAAGCUACAUGACGCGGGAGUGUGCCCAUGUCCCAAGAAGGAAUGUCAGUGCCAGGGCUGGAGAGGGGUGGAAGUGUACUCCUUCACCGGCCUGCGGGACGUCAUCUCUGAGUGUGAGAGGAACCUGUCAGGUGUCGAGGAUGCGUAUCAGACUUCCCCCAACCGGCGGACUGCAUGUCCUUCCGGAAACGCCGGAUCCCCGCGCUCCUGCUCUGAACAGGCACGCGCCUAUGUGGAUGAUAUCACGAUAGAGGACCUGUCAGGAUACAUGGAAUAUUACCUAUAUAUUCCCAAGAAAAUGUCACACAUGGCAGAGAUGAUGUAUACUUAAGAGAAAAGUAUAUUGGUUUUGCUGAUAACUCUGAUCACUGUCAGUGCAUCCUACCAUAGAGUGAUCUGUUUACUCUGUGUUUCUCUCCUUCCCCGUGUUCAGAAAUAGUGAAAUACACAUCAAGAAUUUCUAACAGCGUUUUUUUUUCCUCCUUUUUCUUUCUCCGAAGACAUUGGUUUACAUGAUACAGUUUUGCCAAAGCUAUUACGAAUGCUACAGAUGUGAUUUACGGUAUGUGCUACCUUGUUAUGCCAAUUUAAAUUAUAUUUUUCAUGGCCAAUGCUGUCUCUGGAUUUUCCAUUUCACUUAAUAAACAUUUUUUUUUUGAAAACUG